GGUAAGACACACUCGAAGACGUUCGUUGGCUCAGCGUUUUGAACGGGGACCGCCGUAGGGAUUUUGAGGAAACUGAUUGGCUGAAUGCAAAAACGGGAAACUACGUCACGUCGCCACUACAGUUUCCGGUGUUCUUCCUGUUUUGGUUGUCGCUCUUGGUAGGUGGGAAGCUGCUCCACUUCAAGACUAGAUGGACAUGUUAAUGGUUAAUAUUGCCAUUUGUCAUCACCGCUUUUGCUAAAUCGGCGAAUGUAGCCAUGGACAGCCGCUGUUAUUGCUGCGCGACCAAAUUUAGCCUCUUCAAAAAGGAGCUCGGCUGUAAGAAUUGCGGCCGCUCCUUCUGCGCCAACUGCUUGACCCUCAGUGCUGUUGUGCCUCGCUGUGGCAACACUCAGCAGAAGGUCUGCAAGCAAUGCCACUCCAAUCUCACCGGUGGUGGUCCGUCAGAUUCUGGUGGCAGAUGGUCACCUCCAGAAAACUACAAAAAACGUGUUGCUGCCUAUGAAGCCAAACAGCAUGGGGCAGCAUCACAGCCUGCUGCACCAGGUGCCGGCAGAAGCCUGAAAGGUCCUCCUCCAAGCAAAAACAUGACCAAAGCAGAUCAGGUCAUUGCAGAAAGACUCCAAAAACUUAAGGAAGAUACGAAGCCAAAGUCUGUACCAUCCGAGAGAGAGAUUGAGUCGAGACUUGCUGCUUUGAAAGCGCCAACUAAACCGGUGCCCUCGACAUCAGAAAUGGAGGACCGCCUAGCGGCUUUAAGGGGUCAAGCCCCGCCCUCACAUGCGCCCCCACCUGUGCAUCAGCCUCCGGACCGCAGAACUCAGACUGAACAAGCAAAUGAUCUUUUGGCUCAGCUGUCAGAAGAGGUGGCCAUUGAUGAGCAACACACAAACCCCAACUCCAGUGCAAACGGUCUUAUGAAUGACCUGAAUAAAGGAGAACAGAGAUCUUCAGAGGAUAACUUGGAGGAGAACCAGAGUGAGAGCAAGGACCUGGAGGCUGAGAAGCAGCGUUUGGUCAAUGAGGCCAUCAGGGAUCUGAAACAAGCCCAACACACUCAGGAUCAGAUCCUUGAUGUAGCCAAGAGGCUGGCGCAGCUGAGAGGACAGGACCCUGAGACAGUUACCCUGGAUGACUUCAAGCAGCCUGACAGCGAUGAGGAGACGGAGGAGGAGGCCGUGCUGAGAGUGUUGAAACAGCUCUCAGAAGAAGCUGCUCUAGAUGAAGCCAGCGGCUACAACAUCCCAUUUGUGGAACCCAGCGGACCCCAAAACAAGGAGAAGAAGUCAUCAAAGAAGAAGCAGACUCCCCCUCCUGCAGCUGCGCCGCCCUCAGACAGUGACGAUGAGGAGCUUCCUUGGUGCUGCAUCUGUGACGAAGAUGCCGUCCUGCGAUGUCACUCCUGCGACGGAGACCUGUUCUGCAAACGCUGCUUCAGGGAGGUCCACGAUGAGUUCGACAGAAAGGAGCAUCGCACCGCCAGCUACACAGCGCCCAAGAAGAAGAAGAAAAAGAAGAAGACGGGCUUCAGGUGAAAACAAAAAUCCACAGCACAAACAGUGACGACGCCGUCGGUCAUCUCGAGCGCCGGCUCAUCGCCGACUAGGCAGGAGGUAAUUACCCUCCUCUCUCGGGGGAGCUUGUUCCAUUAAGCUUCACAUGGAAGUCGGUAAUGUGUUUGCCUUUCUGGCGCUGUCGUGUGCCGACCGCAGUCAGGAAAUGGAGGAGGAUAAUGGACACCUGCUUAAUGGAACUUCCUGUCGCAGAUUUUUGCUUUGUUUAGUCCAGAUAUGUCAACAUCUCUGAGAGAUCCGGCCGCCAUUGCUCCCCGGAUGUUCACUUCCCGACCUCCUCCUCGGUUCUGUUGGCGCCUCGCAGGUGGAACCGGAUCACGUUACUCAGCAAUUGAUUCUCCCAUUUUAUUUACUCAACAGUUUAAGCCGUCGAUAUCAAGCUUGCCAGGCUGCCAUCAAUCCUGUUCACUGUCUGUGGUUGGCUUUCCAGAUUCAUGGGAAGCUGCAAGCGGAGCCUUCGCUCACGGACGACACGAUCCUGAAAAGGUUCCCUUUUAUUGACUGAACAAAAAUAUCUGUACAUAAAUAGGCAAAAACAUGGAGUCCU